AUGGGCGAUUUCAAAGCAAUCGGAAAAGCAUUUGUGGAGUUUUACUAUAACAAAUUCGACACUGGUCCACGCGAGGGUGUCGCUGCCCUUUAUGAGCCAACCAACGGCAUGAUGAACUUCAACAGUCCGGACUCCGCUAAAGGUGCACAAGAAAUAGCGGAGAAACUACGUUCGCUUACAUUUCAAGCAAUAACACAUACUGUAUCAACAAUGGACAUUCAACCAACAUACGACAAUUGUAUUUUCAUUGUUAUCACCGGUGUACUUAGAGCCGAUAAUGAUCCACCAAUGCAGUUUACUGAAACAUUUCUUUUACGGUUUAUCAAUAAUUCGUGGUUGGUUGUUAAUAAUGUCUUUCGUCUUAUCCUACAUGGUUGA